UAAGCCCAUAUGUGUCUGGGCACAUUGUUUUUCGCCAUUGUAAAUUGCCGUGAAAAUUUAGCUUUUCAUUGUCGUGUAAGAGUUGGAGGACACACUGCGAAUAAAACGUGUUCUACUACAACUGAUUAGUCUGCCCUUUCUUUCAAGAACCAAUGCGUGGGGUAGCCGUUUAAGGCAGCAGACGACAGCCAUUUAUUCGCAGUCCUAGGGCGACUGCAGGGGCAACUUGCGCUGGAAUGACGGUUUAGAAGGCCAGCUAGAGAGUUGGCGGAGCUGGAGUGACGGUUAAGACGGCCAGCGAGGAGGAUUUGUGUGAGCGCAGCCAGCGCUACGUACCGGCAGAGGAGUCGCAGCCAGCGACAGUGGCGUCGCAGUCAGCGACAUAGAGGGACGCAGCCAGCGUCGAACGCCGGUACGAACGGGUCGCAGCCAGCGACAAGGAGACGCAAGAAGCGUCAUUUGUGGGGACCGCGGCCAGCGGUCAGAAGGCGCAAGGAGCGCCAAGCAUCCGUGGCCGCAGCCAGCGGAGUUCAGUACCGGAUGUGAACCAGCCCCUCGCGUUGGAACUCAUGGAGAGGAUCGCAGCGUUGGAGAGGGAGCUGGAGAAGGCUAGAUCCCUGGAAAGUGUGAGCACCGCCAAUUGCGCGCCAAUCGCAGUUGGCCCAAGCGCAGUUGGCGCCAACAGUGGAGCGUCGGGGCGGCCGCCAUUUUGGAGCGGCCAGCCAAUACCCACAUCAAACGGAGAGGCCUUACAUAACGGGGUCGGGUCGGUGCCAUACAACGGUGACGGUGCGAGCGGUGCGGCCUGCACGCUGCCGCCAUCUUCGAGUGGACCGCCAUUGCUAACGACUAGCAACUAUUUUGUGGAGCCACUGUGUGCAACAGGCACUGCGCAGCCAGCGGAUGGACUCGUGCUACCGGGCGUGAGCAUCCACAAUGCGGCAACAGCAUCGCCACUUGUCGGAUCCUACGCCGCGACGACGCCGAGUGGAAUCCAGGGAGCAUAUGGGCCAAGGAAGCUUCCGGACUUGCCUAUAUUUGGAGGGCAGCCCGAGGAGUGGCCGAUCUUCAGCUGUGCGUUCGUGGAGACGACCCGAGCGUACAACUGCACGGACCUGGAGAACAACCAGAGGUUGUUGAAGGCGCUGAAGGAUGAAGCGCGCGAGGCAGUGAAGGCGCUAUUGAUUCAUCCAGGGAAUGUCAGCGCCGUGAUGGAGCAGCUGCGCUUUAGGUUCGGCCGACCGGAGCAGCUUAUACGCAGCCAGCUCAACAACGUGCGAGAGGUGCAGCCAAUUUCGGAGCACAAUUUGGCGAAGAUCAUUCCCUUCGCAACCCGAGUGAGUAACCUCGCUGCCUUCUUGCAGUCAGCGAAGGCGGAGCAGCACCUGGGGAACCCAACCCUCAUGGAGGAGCUUGUGGCCAAGCUGCCAACGAGCAAGCGAGUGGACUGGGCCAGGCAUGCUGCAACGAUUGCGCCCUUUCCCACUGUAGUCCACUUCAGCGCGUGGCUACAGGAGUACGCAAACGUGGUGUGCACGGUUUUGGACGUCGAGGUAAAGGAGCCGAGGCGUCGACUUCUACAUGCAAGCGUCGACCAUAAUGAAUGCGAUCAACAGGAUGAUCGGCAUGGAGGUUGUCCCAUCUAUGGAGGACAGCAUGGAAUAUUGAACUGCAGAGAAUUUAUUGGAGCUUCGCCACAGAAAAGGUGGAGCAAUGUGAAGAGGCAUCGGCUCUGCUUCAAUUGCCUGCGAAGCGGGCACACGGCUAGAUCCUGCUAUACGCAAGGUGAGUGCCAGAUUAAUGGAUGCCGAAGGGAGCAUCACCGUCUGCUACAUGGUGCGGACGAGGAGCGAAGGCCGCUGCAGCGAGGUGGUUUCAGACGCCACGAAGGGAACCAGCAGCCAGCAGUUUCCAGACGCAGCACGGCCAGGAGGCCUUCGCUACGAGAUGGUUACAGGGACCAGGAGAGGAACCGGCAGCCAGCCGUUCCCAGCAACAGCCUGGAUAGAGGAGCUCAGCGUGAAGUGCGAAGACGAGUGGCGGAGAUUUUGGAGUCGUCGAAGGUUUCCCAAUGGAGAUGGGUGCCUACAGCCGACAAUGCGGCUGAUGAUGCGACGCGGUCGCAGAAAGGAGUCGACCUUAGUCAGGAAUCAAGGUGGCUAAGAGGACCUGCAUUUUUGAGGCAGCCAGCAGCCAGCUGGCCGGGGCCUGAGGAAGGAACUGAGCGUGUUCCAGAUGCCCCUGAUGAAGAAGAGAUGCCCAGUGAGUUUACAUUAGUUGCGGCAGACGAUUUUGUUAUUCCGUUUCAGAGAUUCUCGAGCUUCAGUCGCCUGGUGAGGACCACAGCCGGGGUCCUACGGUUUGCGCGCUGGUGCCGCAAACAGCGAAACGAGCUCGAGGAAUACGGCCUUACGGCCGCGGAGAACCUGUUGGUCAGACAGGCACAAUUGGAGUCGUUCCCCGAAGAGAUGAGGUCGGCGGAAACUGGACAGGACGUCGCUAGAUCGAGCGACAUUCGAGGGUUGGUGCCCUACCUAGACGAGGACGGGAUUCUGCGAGCUUACGGCAGAAUUGAUGCCGCACUGUUCAUGCCGUACAGUGCGAGGAGGCCCGUAUUACUGUCACACAGGCACAGUCUGACAGAGCUGACUGUGAGAGACUUCCACGCCAGGAUGAAGCAUCAAAAUGUGGAUGCUACGAUUGCGGAGAUCCGGACUAAGUUCUGGGUCACAAAGAUGAGGCGUGUGAUGCGGAGAGUCAUCUCAUCGUGCAACGAGUGCAAGUUGCAGCGAGCGCGGCCGAUGCCGCCGAUGGGUGGAUGGCCAUUCAAAUACACAGGACUGGACUACUUUGGGCCACUGCUGGUGACUGUGUCCCGUCACAGGGAGAAGCGUUGGGUCGCCUUGAGCUAGCGCAUGACCUGU